UUCGUGAAGCUCGCACUGGCUGAGGGCGCAUUCACUAAACAGUGGACGGGGUUGCUAUGGGCUUCGGGUUAUGAGGGCAGAGAUUUGAUUUCUACUGGGCCACCUUUAGUGCAAGAAAUUGAGUGAAGCUCGUUAAUUUUGAAUUUCCACAUUUCUACUUGAAUUCAAUCAACUUCGAAUAGCCAUGGCCCCGAAGAAAAACGCACGAGGACACAAAAUGAAAGCCUCUUCUCUCAGCCUCAUGGUUUAAUUGGACGAAGGCCACAGAACUGAAGCCAAAGCACAGCUGGCCAGUAAGAAUGGCAAGAAGCCUGAGGUAGCAGGAGGAAGCUCCUUCUUCACCUGGUUCAUGGUUCUUGCCCUCCUGGGCGUCUGGACCUCUGUGGCCGUCGUCUACUUCGACCUGGUCGACUACCAAGGCGUCAUCGCCAAUGCAAAGGACUUGCACAUUAAGCUGUCUGAGACACUGCAAGGUCAACUUUCGUCCUAUGAUGCUGAUGGAGAUGGUGACUUCGAUGUGGAGGAUGCUAAAGUACUGCUAGAUGAACCUCGACCCGAUCGGAAAAGAGCGAGACACAGAGCCAACUUAAUCGAACCAGAAUCUCCAAAAACAAAGGUCAAGAAAAAAGAGGCGGCUACUGAGACCAAAGAUGAAAAUCCCGGACAUGUUUCCAAGAGAAAAGCCAAAAAAGAAAACCCUCUUACCAAAGACGUGGGCUGGAAGCUGAGGGAGGCCCUGAACCAGCAGCUGGCCAUCAUCCAUGAGCGAAUGGAGGCCAAAAAGAUUGCCAAGAUGGCUCUGGCCGAGGUGAGGAACAUCCUGGCCAGGGAGAAGGAGAAGGUCCUAGGGGUGACGAGGGACGAGGUGGCAAAGAAGGCUAAGGUGGCAACGGCAGCUAGGAUGGAGAACAAGCCAGAGAAGGGGGAGUUUAAGAAGGCCUUGGGCAAGAUUAGGAGAGGCAAAGAGCAGAAAGAGAAGGAGGGUGAAAAUAAGAAAGAGGAGAAGGAGGGAGAAAAUAAGAAAGAGGAGCACCGCAAGAAAGCUAAGAAGAAUGCGACAAAGCCAGACAAGAAGUCAGGGAAAGAGGUGAAGGGUAAGAGGGUAGAGGUCCCCAAAGACGCCAAAAAUAGAGAGGCCCCCAAAGCUGCUGCUAAAAAGCUCAAGAUGUCUGAUAAGGGGGUCCGGAAAUGAUGCUAAACUCUUCACACCUGCACUGAUGUCGGUGAUCUUUCACUCCCUCUGGUGACAGAGAUGUUAAAAGAUUCAGGAGAAACACCACCUGUGAGAGGUCUCCAGUGACAGACCCCUGCGAAUGGGAGUAGGAAACCCCCUACUGUGCAGGACAGCCAUUUCCGCAAUGUAUAGUGCAUAGUGUUUUAGCCACUUCCUGCUUGUGGAAAAAAUCAUAAUGCUGUCCUCUAGAAGUAUGAACUGGACAGGGAAAGGUGCCAAGAGGACGGCAAGGUGCUGUAAGCUUAGUUUCAGAUGUGGUUUAGUUUUGUGUUCAUUUACAUCAGAAAAUAUAGCUUUAUUUAAAGUCGCUAGACAAGAUAUUUGUAGACUUAGACAAGGACAUAAUGAUUUAUUUUGCAUUUGGUGGAGAUGGAACUCAGAAGUGGAUUUGAAAGGAUCAGCUAUGUGCUUGUUCUUUGUUAAUAAAGUCGCUGGAUUCUUGAAGGUUUCCUGUUAUCAA